AUGUUGAAUUUUUAUAGCAAUAUCCUCCUUAAGUCCCAAGAACCCAAAUCAAAAUUAUCAAAUACGCGAUUCAAGAGAUAUUCGGUGUAUAGAAACUGUGGCUCUAUUGAAAGUGUAAACAUAAAAAGUGUGUUAGUGCAUAUGCAGGACGGAACGGAUGACUUAACAGCGGCUGAAAAUCUGGCCAAAAGUACGCCACUAGGCGUGGAAAACAACAUUUCAACCAACAAUCCAACAAUAAUGGAAGUUUCUUCUCCUAAUACACAACGGGAAACCGAAGGCGGUAAUCCUUUAACAACUAAUACAAAUAACGGCAGUGGUACUGUCACCUCCGAGUCGUCUUCGUCAGCAAUCACACCUGCUGCGCUCGCGGAAAAUACUUUGCAUGUAGAAAUUUCCGAUGCUUUGAGUGAAAAAGACAAAGUUAAGUUUACCGUGCACACGCGAACAACCUUGCCCGGUUUUGUGAAACAAGACAAUAAUGUGGUACGUCAGCACGAGGAAUUUGUUUGGUUGCACGACCGUUUCGAAGAAAAUGAAGAAUAUGCCGGUUAUAUUAUACCACCAUGCCCGCCACGCCCCGACUUCGAUGCCUCACGAGAAAAAUUACAGCGGCUUGGAGAGGGCGAAGGCAAUAUGACAAAGGAGGAAUUUAAGAAAAUGAAAUCCGAACUCGAAGCCGAAUACUUGGCCACCUUCAAGAAAACAGUAGCCAUGCAUGAAGUUUUCUUGCGGCGACUCGCAAAUCAUCCGGUAUUUCGUGUUGAUCAGCAUUUAAAAGUGUUCCUAGAAUAUGACCAGGACCUCUGUGCAAAGCCACGUAAGAAAAUGGCAAUUUUCGGUGGUUUUGUUAAAUCAUUAGGAAAGACGACAGACGAAAUCUUAAUGAGUGCAACAGUUCGAGACGUAAAUGAUUUCUUUGAAAAUGAGCUACAAUUUCUCAUUGAAUAUCAUGGACAUCUGCGUGAUGCUGCCGUACGAACUGAGAAAAUGACGCAACGUCAUAAAGAAGUCAGUGAAUGCCACCAAAAAAUCUCAAAUGCGUUGAUGCAACUAUCAACCGCAGAAAAAGGAAGCAUGGAAACCUUUUGUGCUAAAUCAGCCGAAAUCUUUGAAAAAAUUAAGAACUUGGAAGCACGCGUCUCCAGCGAUCAGGACUUGAAGCUCGGAGAUACUUUGCGUUACUACCAGCGGGACAGCGAUGCUGCAAAAGCACUCUUAAUUCGUCGCUUACGUUGUUUAGCCGCAUAUGAGGCGGCCAAUCGUAAUUUAGAGAAAGCGCGUGCCAAAAAUAAGGACGUCCAUGCUCCUUUGGAUGUUCAAGAGGCUGAAGCAGCCCAAGCAGAGGCCUGUGAGAAAUUCGAAUCGAUGUCCGCUUGUGGAAAGGAAGAAUUAGUUGGAUUUCGCAAUCGCCGCGUAGCUGCCUUCAAGAAGGGGUUGGUUGAACUAGCCGAACUGGAGAUCAAGCACGCACGCACUCAAUAUGAAUAUUUACGCCAAUCGCUUUUGGUGCUGAAAGAAAUUGCCUGAACUGUUGACUUCUACUUGUUAUAUUCUUCUCCACAUCCUUAUACAUUUAUACAUCAUAUUUACAAAUAUACGCCAAGCAAAAUAUAUUAAAGCCACAUAAUAA